UAUUGCAGCUAAAAAACGAUUGAGCAGAUUGAAACAGUGCUCUAUUACCGACUUGCUUGAGCCAGUGCUUCAAUGGAGAGAAUGACUUAUGCCGCGCGAAAAACGCGAGACAAAAGAACUAAAAGUGUCAAGUGUGAUCGGGGGUAGUGAUCGGCGUUAAAAUGGCAAUAUCUAGUUGGAUGAUCUGGGGUAGGAGUCUUCGGAGUAGCAGGCCUCAUCGGAGUCGGCAGGAUAACGAAGACAACUGCGUAAAACUCGACCUGUCAAAAGGUUUGAAGGAGAACAUCAAAGAGGCUUUAACAAAUAUCUGCCAGCGUCAAGGUGUUACCAGCAUAAAAAAGCUUGCUUACCUUAAUGCUAUCGUCAAACUCGUAAGUGAAAAUAACGCUAACGACUUUGGCUACAAUGCUGAGCAACUAUUCUGUUGUUUGCGAGUGGGUCUUAUUCACGAAGCCACUCAAGUUCGUGCAGCAGCCUUACGAGCUGUGCGCUAUAUGCUCAAAAAAGAGCAAGACGUUGUGGCGAUCAACAAGCUACAAUACCCAUACUUCGUGGCUCGUAGCAUGGACGUUAAUCUCCGGAACGAAAUGGAAAGAAUGCAAGCCCUACGCUUAGUCCGAAGAAUCCUGGUUCUAGCUCCUAAACACUUUAGUCCCGCCUUAGCGAGAUCGCUCAUAAGUCUCACAAACGGCGGUAUCGACGAGAAAGAUCGAGCUUUUCGAGCCUUCCUUGCAACCCUCUGCGAACUAGGAGUCCUCAAUGCCAACCUAUUGAUAAAUUGUGGAGGGGUUGCUACCUUAGCGCGGGCCGCUAUGACGGGCCAAAGUUCUACGAUAAUCGAAUCCGUAGUUGGCGUUCUCUUAAAGUUAUUAACCUCCCCCGAAACGAGGAGCCAUGUGUCUCUCCUUUCCUUAGCGACUCCCUACUGCGAACUUCAUUCUCCAGGCUCAGAAAAAACAAAAGAUGACGGAGAGCAGAAAUUCACAGCUAGCAAACAUGCACUUUUGAGUGUCUUAAGAUCGUACCCUGGUAUCUUACACUUCUGUCAUCCAAACGACACUUCCGGAUUAAGAGCGAUCGUCGACAUUCUCUACGUGGAACAAUUGGAAGUUAGAGGAGCGGUUUUGGAACUUUUUUAUGAAUUAUUAGGAUUGCCUCUGCCAAUGUGGACCGACGAACCAGAUGUUGCUCUCGCAGCUGUUGAUCCUAAUCGAGCUCGGGAGAAUUGGAAGCUGUCUGAAGGUUUCGUAGCUGCCGAAGGUAGGACGCUUUUACCCACUUUAAUGUCCCACAGCCCUAACAUCACAGAACUUCACCUAGCUUUGCUGGUCUACGUUCUCCUAGAAUGCGAAUUACACAAAGCUCUCGCGGAAACUAUCGUCUCAUCUGACACUUUCAUCUCAGUGCGAGCCGCAGUUCUUCUAGGUGGAUUGUUGCAUCUCGCGCAUUCGCUCUUACCACCCGAAGUUUGCGAUCUCACUCCACCUUUGCCUAAUUUAUUAGAGCACGCGAGUGCGGGAAGGCAUCAAGCUUUAGCAGCAGUUGCAAUUUUGGGACGCAUGCACGCGAUGAUGAGAAGAAAACCUACGCCCACAAGUCUUUUUUUAGACAGACUUCUUCAGGCCGGAACGUGGUUGCGACCGACGAUACCGAGGCGGCAUCGGGUGUCGAUUAAAAGCUGGCUCAAGAGAGAGUCGCCGACUAGUUUGCUUUUGAAAGACGCUCAGGUUCUCACGUCGAAAGAUGCACUCGCUUGGAACUGGCCUGUUAUUCGUUCUAUUCUACAUUCUAGGGAGGAAUCUUUAAGGAUUCUUCAUGACUCAGAUCAUAGGCUUUUCAUCAAGAAACUACUAAAAUAUUUCAAGCCUUCGUCAAAUCAAUAUAGCAGAGUGGAACUGGGAACAAAUGCGAUGCUAGCGCGCGAAGCGACUUUGGCCGGAUGUGACUUGAUAAACUGUUUACUUGAGUUCCAUGAACCGGAUGGUACUAGGUUAUUGAAUGAGUUGGUAGGGGAUAUAGCUGAACAAAUCGCAUCGAUCCGUUCAUCACAAUCCGCUCAUGAUUGUCUCUUUUCUCCUAGACACAUGUCGACCACCUGUUGUCAGAAGUAUUUCCUCUUUCUGGGCCAGUUGAGUCAUUCUGCGAAGGGCACGGUUAUUUUGAAGGGGUUCAAUUUAUUGGAAAAGCUGCAGGAUCUUGCGAUCGCUACGAAUCAUGAUUGCUAUGUAAAACUCAUAACCUCGAGUCUGGAUUAUUCGAGGGAAGGAUUGAACAGGAAGGUCAUGAACAAAAUUAUAUCCGAAGCUUCUCUGGAAAGCACUCGACUCUAUGCGACACAGUUUUUAAGGUUGAUACUAAGAGCUAAAAUGGCCGAUGCCUAUCAGUGGGCGCUUAGUAGUUUAUUAGGAAGAUUGGUCGACACGAGUAAGACAGUCUCUUUAGCAGCUCUAGACGCUCUCCACGAAGCUUGCGAGGAGCCAGAAUACCUCGAGGCCUUUUACGAACAGAAGAAGGAUUGGGAUGAUAGAUUGCAGCCUUUGGGGGAUCGGGGGUACUUACUGAAGGUCAGAUUCUAUUCUCUAAGAUCUGGUUUCUCAAAUCUUUCCUCUCCAGCAGAAGAGUUAGAAAAGUGGAUAAAAGCCGGAGGAUUCGCGGAACGAUAUGUCGGAUUGAUUGAAGGAGAGAUCCAUGACUGUCUGACUCGUAGGCAACGGGGCGAGAAUGGGAGUUAUCUGAGAAGAAGUACCAACACUUUCAUUUUGCCUCGAGAUGUUUUCAUCCUUCCGCAUUUAAUCGGUCAGAUAGUGCAGCAUGAGUUAGGCUUACAACUUCUGGUAAGGCGGAAUGUUUUGCAAAGAUUUGCAAGAAUUGUUCAAAGGUUUCGGCAUGAAUUUGGAACUGGUGAAGUGGAGCCGAGUCUCAAGAACAUGAAGGGAAGUCGAUCAAUUUUAGAAGAUUCGUAUCUGGUGUCGGAGGAAUCGGGAACUGACGAAACGGCCGAAUCGAAUAGAUUGGAAACGAUCAUCGAUUCAGAAGUGAUGGAAUUGUCGGAGACUCAUACCCCGCAGAAAACGGAUUCUCUGGUAGAGAUUCGUAGAAAGCUGAGCUUGGAUGAAUCGAGGAGAACUACUCCGGAGAGGAGCUGGAAAGGUGAAUCUGAAAUUCGAGAUGAUAAUUCCACUAAUUUUGAAGGAAGACUGUUAAAAGUAAAGGCUGCCUUGUGGGUUUUGGGCCAUGCGGGAACUUCGGCUGAAGGUGUAGAGCAACUAAAGCACUUGGCAAUUAUCGAAAUGUUGACUGCGAUGGCGGAAACGUGUCCUUAUUAUGCGGUACGUGCAACGGCUAUGUACUCUUUAAGUCUGAUUGCUACAACUCGCGCUGGCGCUGAUGUACUCUUUACUUUAAAUUGGCCCUGCGUUAGAUACAGACGUGGAGAACAUUGGCCUGUGGUUCCACCGAGCAAUCCUUAUCCGCCUCCUAGUCCUCCUCCUGUCCAAAGGCAUCACCGAAGUCUUAGCGAUGGUAAGCCUGAUUUUCCAGAACCUGUGAUCCGAAGGACGAGGAAUCGUUCGGAAAGCGCUGCUACUGAGUUAGAAACGAGGAGGUUUAUCCUUCCAGAAAGAGGUGAAACGCCGAGUCCUGUAUCUAGCGUUCAGAGGCUAAGUCAACAAGACGCGGAAGGCUAUGCUAAACUUCGUAGCAUCCAACGUGUUCGCAGGCCGAGUUUCUCUCAGAGUAGUUUAGAGAUGUAUAGUUCAGACGGAAGACGCUCUCUUCAAAGUCUUUCGGAAUUUGAGUUCACACGCAGUUGGAUGACUGAAAGUAUAUUCUCAUCAACACCACCUCCGCUGCCGCCACCACCUCCGCCAUUAGAAGGCGACAAUAGUUCAUAUUAUAUGGGUAUUUGCCUUCCAAGGAAACUUACUGCGAUUUUCCCUGUACCUGUUGGCCCAUUUUCUGUCGGUAGAGUGGAAGAGAAACCGAAGAUUAACGUCGACGCAAGUGGCACCGAUGAAGAGUCGAGUUCUGAAUAUGACAUAGGAGGAGAACAUUGUCGUGUGUGUUUAAUUUGUUACACUGGGACAAAUAAUUCUAAGGACUGCGAUGGAGAAUCAGAUUCGAAACUCAGAAGGGAAAUUCUCAGGCACAUACAACGCUUAGCGAAUCCUGUAUUAUACAAACACAGUCGACAAACGUUAUUAAGACUGCGGCAGCGGUAUCCUGAAAAAUUUCAGGACACAUGUUUAUUUUCCGAAGUAGCUGCUCGUUUAGGGAGCAAUACUUACAGAAUACCUGCACGGCGGUUUCUUCAAGAAUUGUUUUUAGAUUCUUCAUUUGACGCACUAUACGUAGAACCAUCGGAGAUAUUAAAGAUUUCGGUGGUCAAAGAGAAGAAACCCUCUCCGCCUGCCGUUCCAACUUCGCCUGCUGAUAAUCCUCGCGUAUCGGUUAAGACUCCAGAGACUAAAAUUAAUGGAAGAGUGACACCAUCGUUUGUUCAAAAUGAUCCAUUAACUGUGGUGCCGGAGGAAGCGGCUGGUCAGCCUAGAAUUGCAUAUGCGCAAAAUAAAAAUAAGGAAGUGAUACUCAUGACGGAAAGAUUGAGCGACGAGAAAAUCAUUGCUGAAAUUUUAAAGCCGGAAGAAAGAAUAAAAGUGCCGAAGAGUUCUGAUAAGAUGUGUAAAGUGACAAGUACAAAUACUACCAUCAGCCUUGAUUAGUACUUCAUGACGUUUCACCAUCUGUACAUACUUUUAUAUUAAAAUCGAUUAUUUCGUACAAAAUAAAACGGACAAUGCUACAAUUAA